AUGUUGGGUGCAUUCUUUUUUGCGCCAGCAUCAGAAGUAUAUGGUAGGGCACCUAUGAUAAGGCUGGGAUGUGGAUUGUUUUUAGUUUUCAAUUUUGCUUGUGGAUUUGCGCGAACCCAUUGUCAAUUGGCUUCCAUGAGACUUUUCUGUGGGAUCUUCGCAGGUGCUCCUACAGGACUCAGUCAAGUGGUUCUGGCGGAAAUCUGGGGAAAGAAAAGAGGACGGCCAUUAAGUUUAUGCUCACUGGCUCCUACCAUUGGACCUUGUAUCGGUACUAUGAUUGGCUGCUUAACUCUUGAGAUACUCUCUUGGAAAAGGUUCUUCUGGUUGACGAGCGCCGUCGGUUGUGCUUCGAUGUUUGUGAUGUCGAUGUUUAUGCCCGAGACUUAUCCUCUAGAAAACCUCAAAGAGGUAAAUUCUUUGCAGCCUGAGGAAGGUGUGUUAGAGAUAAUGAGUAACGUGCUACAAGCUCUCGAGGAACGACCACCUUCAAUCUCGCCUUCAAGGCUCGAAGAACAACCGCUUUCCAUCGCCCCUUCCCAAGGACCUAGUCUUUUGGAUCCAUGCGCAUUACAAGACGCUUUGCGUGCACUUAUUCGACCAAUACACAUUGCGUGGAAGGAGCCUAUGGCUAUAGUUAUAGGUCUUCAACUAUCUAUGAAGAUGAGCGGUUUACAUUGCCUUUCUAUAAUAUUUGGAGCCUGUCUAGCAAGUAAGAUGAACACACGCUGCCUAUCAACUAUGUGUGAUAGGUUGCAUAUCAAAAACCCUCAUCCGGAUGAUAGACUGGAAUAUAAGUUACGAUGUAUGAUUCCAGGGACUUUUGUCCUAGCGAUAGGAAGUGUAACCUUUGCUCUAGCCAGGCAGUAUCAUGCUUGCUCGGCGGUCUUUGACGUUGCCCUCUUCUUCAUUGGUGCGGCAAUGACAUUGGCCGGCCGAAAGGCUACAACGUAUGUUAUUGAUAAACACAAAGAACAAGCAGCAUCUGCUUUGGUUGUUUCAAGUUCUUUCAGAAGACUAGCAAGCUUCGUGAUCCCAAUUGCGGUCCAUUUAACAAAACCAAUGCAACACUCUACUAAGCUUGAAAAAUUCAUUCCUGUCAUUUUGCUCGUUUUUAUCCUUCCCACACCUUGGAUCCUUUUCAAGUACAAAGCCAAAGCUUGUCAAAGAGCUCAUCAAUAA